ACUUUGGAUUGUUUAGCCACCAAAAAAAAUAUCGAAAAUUAAAAAAAAAAUCGAAAACUGAAAAAAGAAAAAGUGGUUGAAAACCAUUUUCGUUUAGACGGAAGGGAGGAGAGACUGUGUGUGGAAAUAUAGGGUCAGAGAGGCAUGGAGACUGCCAUACGUGGUAGAUUAUCUCUCUCACCAAACACCGUCUUUAAUCCUAAACCAGGAGAGAAACGGUCACUGUGCAGAGGACCAUGCAUCAAUCGUGGCAUUCUCAUGGCUAUAUCGACCACAGGACCAAGUAAAGGAGGAGGAAUCUUGGAGAAGCCAGUUAUAGAGAGAACCAGUCCUGGUCGUGAAUCUGAGUUUGAUCUGAGGAAGUCAAGAAAAAUAGCCCCACCUUAUCGGGUCAUGCUGCACAACGACAACUACAAUAAACGGGAAUAUGUUGUCCAAGUAUUGAUGAAAGUGAUCCCGGGGAUGACCCUAGACAAUGCAGUUAAUAUAAUGCAAGAAGCACACUACAAUGGGUUGGCAGUGGUGAUUAUUUGUGCACAGGCUGAUGCUGAAGAACACUGCAUGCAGUUAAGGGGGAAUGGGCUUCUGAGUUCAAUUGAACCAGCAAGUGGUGGUUGCUGAAGAGUAGAUCCAUUUGGCUUUUACCACUGUUAAUGUAUAUACAUACCCCUUUUAGAGCUUUAAAUGCUGUAUAUCUGAGUGGUGAUACAUUGUUGUAUGAUCCCUGGACCUGGACAUUUUGUAUGGUCAAAUUAUAGACAAGAGGAUGGAUGUUAGGUACUAA